AAUAUAUUUAUACUUCAUAAAAGGCUCUAGUUUAGAAGGAUAUAUGACACAGUUUGUUAUCUGUUUUAAUUUUACAUAUUAAGUUCAUUGUUUACAGGGGAGUUACAAGGGACUGACUUUUUGCAAAUUGCAACGAUCAAGCGCCCCACCAAUGGAGUUCAAUGACAAAUCUAGUACUAAUUUUGAGGAUUUCCCAAGCAGCAUGUCGAGUACUUCUGGAAGCUAUGCCCCAUCUCAGAAAUUUGUUGAUCCAGCCAAUGAGUCUAAUGAUUUGGAGUUAUUUUUGCACCCACCAAGCUCCACGAAUUAUUACCCUCCUGUUUCAAGCACUUCUAAUGAUGACGGACACAUUACAUUGAACACCUCCUAUUCGAGUAAAACAUAUGCUCCCCAAUUCUGCGAGGUCAGUAGCCAUGUGACACCAGAUUGGUAUGGAAUCAGUGUGGCAGACUCUUCUAAAAGCAGUUGGGUCAACUCAGAUAUAACCCUCAACUACAUAAAUAAGCUGUUGAUGCAGGAGGACAAUGAUGACAAGGUAAAAUUACAUCAUGGAGAGUGUGCCCUUAGAGCUAUGGAAGAGCCUUUCUAUAGACUUCUAGGACAAAAUAGACCAGCUUAUCCUCUAUUACCACUAUGUAGCUGUGAUCAUCUGAAUAACCUCGACGGCUGCAUGAACAAGUCUUCCGGGCAGUCAUGCAGUAGCUGCUCUGCUGCUAUUUACCCAAGUAAUAGUCAUUCUAAUCACAACCUGCAAGCCGUUGAAGCUCCAUGGAGUCUGUCUGACGUUGUCAAAGAGACAAAACAUUUCGCUCAAGGUACACAUAGCAUGGGGCCUGGUUUGGACGUUGAUGGGCUCUCCAUUGCUGAAGAGCCUAAGCGAGGUAAACAGGUGAAUGUCGCAGACACAAGAAUGCAUGCAUCAUCUGAGGUUCAGUGUGAAAAUGAUCUACACACUGAAGAUUUUUGUUUGUUAGAAGGAAGGAGUAGAAAGCAGUUGGCUGUUUCAUUCAACGGGCCAACUCGAGAUGAGCUGUUUGACAGGGUCCUACUCUUCUCUGAGCAUAAGCCUAUGGAUGAAGGUAUUGUUCUGCGAGAAAAGAGGACAAACAAAUCAACACAUCAGAAGGAUCAAGGAAGAACAUCAUCAGCUCGGCGGAUGACAAGAGGUAAGAAGCAACAAAAGAAAGAGGUGGUAGAUCUGAGAACCCUUCUUAUCCACUGUGCACAAGCAGUAUCUGUGAGUAACCACACCUUAGCAAGUGACAUACUGAACAUCAUAAGGGAAAACUGCUCAAAAAGUGGUGAUGAUACCCAGAGGCUAGCAUCUUGCCUAGUGGACUGCCUUGAGGCUCGAUUAGAUGGAACUGGGAGCCAGCUGUAUCGGAAGUUGAUCACUAAAUGCAGAAAUGCUGUGGGAUUGUUGAAGGUAUUCCAAUUAUGUUUAGCAGUAAACCCUUUCCAGAUGGCACCAUAUUAUUUCUCAAAUAAGACAAUCCUUGAAGUCUCAAAGGGAAAGCCAAAGGUGCACAUUAUCGAUUUUGGCAUUUGCUUUGGUUUUCAAUGGCCAUCAUUGUUUGAGCAACUCACAAAGAGGGAAGAUGGGCCUCCUAAGGUUCGGAUCACAGGUAUUGAGCAACCCCACCCAGGAUUUCGACCAGAUCAAAUGAAUACAAACACGGGACAUCGGUUAGCUGAGUACGCUAGCAUGUUCAAUGUGCCUUUUGAAUAUCAAGGAAUAUCAUCAAAAUGGGAAACCAUCCGUAUAGAAGACUUCCACAUUGAGGAAGAUGACGUGCUGAUAAUCAACUGCCUAUACCGAAUGGAGCACCUCGGUGAUGAGACAGUAUCCAUGAACAGUGCCAGGAAUAAGGUUCUCAAUACCAUUAGAAUGAUGAAGCCAAAAGUUUUUGUUCAUGGAGUGGUUAAUGGAUCAUACAGCACCCCCUUCUUUUUAACACGUUUUAAAGAAGUCAUGUACCACUACUCUGCAUUGUUUGAUAUCCUUGAUAAAACUGUCCCACGAGAUAAUGAGGCAAGAAUGAUCUUAGAGAGGGAUAUAUAUCUAUGUUCAAUUCUCAAUGUCAUUGCAUGCGAAGGAUCAGACAGGAUUGAGAGACCAGAGAGUUAUAAGAAAUGGAAGUCACGGAACAUGAGGGCUGGCCUUGAGCAGCUCCCACUGAAUCCAGACAUUGUGAAAGUAACAAGAGACAUAGUGGGACAAUAUCACAAAGAUUGUGUUGUUGGCGAAGAUGAUCAAUGGCUACUACUAGGAUGGAAAGGAAGGAUACUGAAAGCAAUAUCCACAUGGAAACCUAAUGAGUCAUACGACGGUGACUAAGACCUUAGAAGCUUGCUAGUGUUGCACAACAAAGGCAGAGGUUUGAGAAUUUUGUGCGUCAGUGUUCUGAACUUGUGAUGUACUCAUAUGUUUUUAAUUGUAUUCUGGUAAUGCAUUGCGAUUGUCUGACUAGCUCGCAUAAAUGGGCUUCCAGAGUCCAAAACAUCGCAUUGGCAAUGCUGAUUUGUUAAAAAUUUGCAUUUCCAAUGCGAAUAUAUCAUUUCUUGUUUACAGAGCCAACUUAUUCAGUGGCCUUCUUGUGAUAUAAUUUAUGGUAUUUGCAUUACAGUUCACAAUUUCUUCUGCUAGCAUAGUUUUACUUUCCAGGUAGUCCAUGGCUCUUCACAACCUUUGUUCAUAUAUUGGCAAUACUCGGCCACCUUUACACAUCCAAGCAUGUUCUCCUUGAAUGGAAGUAGAGAGAAAAAGAAACUAGUGGAGAAUGGAAUGUGCAAGUUAAUGCCGAAUUACUGACCCUGGUGGCUAGAUACGAUCACCAGUUAAAAGUUACUAGCAGAGUAGCAGUAUAACAACUGCAAGGCGCAACCAUGCCCACCGAGCCAAGCAAAGAAGAAGCGAUGGAGGCGUGUGGAAUGGCCAAGUUCAUAGUACCUGGCGGAGUCCGGAACAAUAACAACCUCGUCUUGUCGUUGGUUCUUUUGGCCUUCUCCUCCGCCAGUAGCCGGAUGUGGUCAGUGCAUCACUUGUCGCCGUACCCGCCAGGCUCGGUCAUUCCCACGAACAGCUAGCGGGCAUCCACGCCGUCGUUCACGUCAGAUGCCCCCAACGCGUCCUCAUGGACCUCAACCUAUCGCCAAGCAGAGCGAGCCCCCCGAGAAGAAUCGCGCGCUUCUGGAGGCGUCGGUUUCCAGCACGGGCUCCGAUCCCUGCGGCAAACUACCAAUUUUGUUUUGUUUGGUUCUGAA